AUGACAACAGUACAACAUCUGACAAGUACAACAUCUGACAACAGUGCAACAUAUGACAACAGUGCAACAUAUGACAACAGUGCAACAUAUGACAACAGUGCAACAUCUGACAACAGUGCAACGUAUGACAACAGUGCAACAUAUGACAACAGUGCAACAUAUGACAACAGUGCAACAUAUGACAACAGUGCAACAUCUGACAACAGUGAAACAUAUGACAACAGUGCAACAUAUGACAACAGUGCAACAUCUGACAACAGUACAACAUCCGACAAUGCAACAUAUGACAACAGUGCAACAUAUGACAACAGAAUAACAUCUGACAACAGUGCAACAUCUGACAACAGUGCAACAUCUGACAACAGUGCAACAUAUGACAACAGUGCUACAUCUGACAACAGUAUAACAUCUGACAACAGUGCAACAUCUGACAACAGUGCAACAUCUGACACCAGUGCAACAUAUGACAACACUGCAACAUAUGACAACAGUGCAACAUAUGACAACAGUGCAACAAAUGACAACAGUGCAAUAUUUGACUACAGUGCAACAUAUGACAACAGUACAACAUUUGAUAACAGUGCAACAUCUGACAACCGUGCAACAUAUGACAACAAUGCUACAUCUGACAACAGAAUACCCUAUGACAACAGUGCAACAUAUGUCAACAGUGCAACAUAUGACAACAGAAUAACAUCUGAUAACAGUGCAACAUAUGACAACAGAAUAACAUCUGACAACAGUAUAACAUCUGACAACAGUGCAACAUAUGACAACAGUGCAACAUAUGACAACAGUGCAACUAAUGUUAUUACGCGUAAAGUUGUAGUCAGAGCACAUAAAGCCUUUGGCCAAUGA